GUUUUAAUGUGAACCACCUGGACAUCGCUCCCCGUUAUGCCAGCAUCCUAAUGGGUAUCUCCAACGGUGUGGGGACUCUGUCUGGAAUGGUCUGCCCACUAAUUGUUGGUGCUAUGACAAAGAACAAGACUCGAGAGGAGUGGCAGUACGUGUUCCUGAUAGCAUCGCUGGUGCACUACGGAGGGGUCAUUUUCUAUGGGAUUUUUGCGUCGGGAGAAAAACAACCGUGGGCCGACCCGGAACUGACCAGCGAGGAGAAAUGCGGCUUCAUCGACGAAGACGAGCUGGCRGAGGAGACGGGUGACAUCACCCAGAGUUACGGGGCUUUCGGGGGUCCCGCUAAAACGUACGGUGCGACCACCCAGGUGAACGGAGGCUGGGCCGCUGGCUGGGAGAAGACGGAGGAGUACGUCCAGGAGGAAGCACAGGAAGGAGGCUACGGAGGAUACAGGCAGGACGAGGGGUAUUCUUAGACCAAAAAAACACACGAAACUGACUCGUUUUCCUGUGUGUGCAUCAGUUUUAGUCAUACGAAUAUCAACAAAUGACAAACAAGAAAAGCUACAAUCCAUCGUCGUAUUGUUUGCACAAUUUAAAAAAAUGAUUAAUGUAAAAAUAAAUUAAUACAUAUGAAGAUAUUUGAUGAAUAGAGGUGUAGCACAUAUCAAAUUGGCAGUAUGUAAAUGUACUAAUGCAUAUUGAUAAUAGAUAUAUUUAUUUGGAGUGCAAUUGUGCGUAAACGUAAUUAUUUCCAUCCCAUCAGCUGAGGCUUCGCUGAAGCCUGUAGGAAAACAUAGAAAGCACAUCACAGCUGACCAUGACGGGUCAGGUCAACGGUUACAGUUCAGCAGCCUAUAAACCAGCCGUUUGAGUGUAGAAAUAUCACUGCACAACACGAAACAGAACCUAGACACUCUGAUGUUAGAGAUCGUACUGUAUCACUCCCGACUGACGUGACCUUUCAAAGCACCGGUAUGAUUAUUUCUGUCCUCUUCUCACUGACUUCUGUAUGUAAAUGACCUGAAACGGUGACCCACAUUAGAGAUUUGAAGGGUGAUGUGUUGACUUAUGAUGAGAUUUUUCUUUGCUUUAAACCUGAUUUCACCUCUGCAGCUGAAGCCGUCUUUCAGAUCUUUUGAAGUGGGAAUCUGUGAAAAUGUUAUGAACAACGCCUGUUUUAUUUGUUGUGGAAAACUUUUUAAUCAAACUUAGUUUGGAGAAAUAGUAUAACUCCAUCAACCUAAGGGGUGCAACAAUAAAUGUUUCUGUAUCGAAAUGUUCAAUAUCGAACAAUACAGAAUUUUAAAAUUUAUUUUAUCAACUUGUCUUCUGAAGAUGCUCUGUGUUGAAGACUCAGUG